GUAGAUGCGUGAACGUGACACCCAACCGUCCGAUCAGUGCUUUUUUUAGACCAGUCAAACAUGAGAGCUCUUAAGAAUGGGGCUGAUUAAUGGAUUGAGAGUAAAAGAUGGUACAUGUGACGAGAGACGGUCACCUGGGACGGUCGUGCACAGCGCCUAUAAAAUCCUGAAGACCAUGAACGCACCACAAGACCAUCCAGCAGCCAUAGAAGAGACCGCACCAGCCAGACACUGUACAGAGGAGAGACACAGACGCUGCAAAAAUGAGAAGCUCGUACUGUUUGGCUGGACUCCUGCUCCUUGUUCUUGUCCAGUGCAGUUGGCAGAUACCAGACCAGGACCAAAACUCUAUGCUUUUAGUGGAAAACUCUGAACCAAUGGAGAGCUCCAACAUGAAGAGACAUUCAGAGGGAACCUUCUCCAACGACUACAGCAAAUAUCUGGAGACGAGACGAGCGCAAGACUUUGUCCAGUGGCUCAAGAACUCCAAGAGGAACGGUCUGUUCAGACGCCACGCGGACGGCACAUUCACCAGCGAUGUGAGCUCCUACCUCCAGGACCAGGCAGCCAAAGAGUUUGUGUCCUGGCUCAAGACCGGCCGGGGCAGACGAGAGUAGAACCCCCAACCCCACCACCACAAUAAACCAAUACAGCUCUCUCACUCUGCUCCAAUCUCUAUCCAAUCUUCUGUCAUUUGUCCCCAUUCAAAUUUUGAUUUCAGCUGCCAUAUUGUAAGACAUCAAAUACCUUCUGUUGCAUUCAUUUUCAACAUCUGGAAUUCAUUUUGUUCACUUAAGCGUAUUGUAAUCCUACUUUUAUUUAUUUUUUCCAAUUUUAUCUUGUCACGACCGCUCUCAUCUCAAAUUGCAAU